AUGAAAUCUAAAACUAUUAUCACUAGAAGAUUAGACAUUAAUAAUGAUCCUCCUAAAUAAUAAUAGGUAAUUGUCACUCUAAAACACAUCAGGCACCAUUUUUUGAUCCAUGUCCAAGAUUUCAAAAAAAAUAUGGAGUUAAAGAUGAUAUGGACAGAAUUGUUGCUUAUAUGUAUUUAAGAGAAAAUCAUCCAAAUAUCAAAUAAUGUAGAGAUUUCAGUUAAAAAAGAAUAUGCAAAUUUGAUUCAACAUAAAACAAAGUUGGACCACCAUAAGCUAAAUUCAUUAAAAUAUAACCUAAUCAUUCAACUACUUCAAAUGGAUGGGCUAAUGUGGGAGGAGAAUUAAAAUAUAAAUUUAGAAAUGGUUGGAAGACAAGUAUUGAAGAUAUUUGCAUUGAUAAAAACUAUGAAGAUUAAUUAGAUACUCAUUUUAAGACUAAAGAAGCUUAACUUAAACAUGAUUACAAAGCUAAAAUUGAAUAUAUGAAUAAAUAUUUCAAAGAAAUAGAUCAAAUGUAUUAAGUAAAGGACAAAAAAGAAUCUGUUAAAAAACUUAGAAUUUUAUAUAAAAAAAGUAGAGAAGAUUUAAAACCAUAUAUAAAAUUCUAAGGUUAAAGAUUCUUUGAAAUAUUACCAAUGAUGAAAAAAAGAACUAAUACAGUUAUUGAAGACUUUAAGUGUUUCAAACCUUUAUGCAAUUUAGAAUUAAAAGAAAAGUAAAAAUAUCUUGAUGAUUUGUUUAAACAUUUAAACAAAAAAACAGAAAAAGAAAAAGAUCCUAAAACUAAAGAAUAAGAUUCGAUAGAUUAGUAAUAAUAAAAUGAAAUUUAAAUUGAUUACAAUGAUUCCAUCAGCAAUAUUCAUUAAAUUAAAAGAACUUAUAGUCAAAUGGAAGAUGUUACUGCAGAAGCGGCUGCUUUUAAUUAAAAUCAUUAUUUAUUUGAAGUUAAAGAUGUUAAUUCUUUUGGCUAAUAAAUAAGAUUGAAUAAAAUGAACAAAAUUAUGAAUGACAUGUUUAAAAGCUAAAGAAAUUUUUAAUAAGACUUAUAAAAUUAUGCAUACAAACAUUUAAAUACAAGCACUUCCUGUGACAUUAGUGUAGCCAAUAUCUCCUAAAUGUAAUAAGUAAAUUUAUAAUAACAUUAAGAGUAUUUAAAAUUAUAAACGAAAAGAAUUGAAAAGAAUGCAUAAAAGCUGUUAACAAGUCUCUUAUAGAACACAUCCUAAAUCUCCAGCAAUGAAAAAUUCAGCAUUUCAAACAACAGCAACAUCUAAUCAUUUCAAGUUUUGA